CUCCCAGGUUCCCUUAUUUGAGAUGGACCAGGACGAAGAGGAUGAGGAGGAGGAUGUUCUCUCGAUGAAGAGCAGAGGAGGCUGUUCGUAUGCAGCUGUAGCGCCCCCUGCAGACUCAGACCCCGACACCUUCAUCUACAUGAACUUCAUGAAGAGUCACUGCUGCUACGACGCCAUCCCCACCAGCUCCAAGCUGGUCAUCUUCGACACCACGCUGCAGGUGAAGAAGGCCUUCUUUGCGUUGGUGGCUAACGGAGUGAGAGCAGCACCGCUGUGGGACAACAAGCUCAAGUGUUUUGUGGGAAUGCUGACCAUCACCGACUUCAUCAACAUCCUCCAUCGCUACUACAAGUCUCCUCUGGUUCAGAUCUACGAGCUGGAGGAACAUAAGAUCGAGACGUGGAGAGAAAUCUACCUGCAGUACUCGAUCAACAGACUCAUCAGCAUCACGCCGGACUCCAGCCUGUUCGACGCCAUCUACUCGCUGCUGAAGAACAAGAUCCACCGGCUGCCCGUCAUCGAUCCGGCUUCGGGAAACGUUCUGCACAUCCUGACGCACAAACGUAUCCUCAAGUUCCUCCACAUCUUCGGUUCCAUGAUUCCCAAACCGAGGUUCCUGCAGAAGCGGAUCAGCGAAGUUCCGAUCGGAACCUUCAAGGAGAUCGCCACGGUCCAGGAGUCGGCCUCCGUCUACGACGCCCUGACCAUCUUCGUGGAGAGAAGAGUCUCUGCUCUGCCUGUGGUCAACGAGGAAGGCAAAGUGGUGGCGCUGUACUCCAGGUUCGAUGUCAUCAACUUGGCAGCUCAGAAAAACUACAACAACCUGAACAUGACGAUGAGGGAAGCCGUGUCGUCCAGAGGCGGCUGGAUGGAGGGAGUCCUCAAGUGCUACCCCCAUGAAACCCUGGAGACCAUCAUCGACCGCAUCGCAAAGGCCGAGGUGCAUCGGUUGGUGUUGGUGGACCGUGACAACGUGGUCAGAGGGAUCGUGUCUCUGUCUGACCUCCUACAGGCUCUGGUCCUCACUCCUGCAGAUAUUUACCAGCGACCGUCCUUCGAAGACUAAAGAAAACCACACAGCGGCCGACAGAACCGGACCGUGAGGUGAUGAAGGACACCGAGCAGAGCUGUGGCUCAAAUCCAAACAGGAUGUGAAAGUCAGAAACACUUUGGCCCUCCACAGCUCAGCAGGACUUCAGUGGGACACUUGGCUUCAGGGGAAACUCACCUGAGCUGUGACUGUGGGACCGACCAUCCAGAGACUUUGAUUGCUUUUCUAAAACUGAGUUGGUUCCAGUUCAGUCCCUCAGAUGCUGAAAAUCCCGGAUCCUGGAAUAGAGAUGAUGAUUUUUUUGUAAAUGCACUGAGUCACUGUGAAAAAUAUCCGUCCUGCUGUGUUUUCACUCGUAUUAAAACAGAAACUGUGUCUGUGUGGAUGUUCAGUCAUCAUGUAACCCCCAGAGCUUCACCAGAGAGGAACUGGACUGGUCUCAUUCAGGAGGCUUCUUCAGAUGUAGAAAGAUGUUCCUCCAUCAGCUGAAUGUAUCUCCACUAACUGGCUCCUCUGUUCUCUGGUUCUGAUCCAGGCUGUGACAUUUCGUCAUGUUUUGUGUCUUUCUGGUCGUUUUGUCUCCACAUCAUUUAGAUAUUGAACUAUUUCCAUUUCUGCAGCCUCUACAAACUUUCUCUGUAAAUGAAACACCAGACCAGUUGCUUCCUGAAGCCACUCAACAGUUUGUGAUGUUGGUUUAGCAGCGUUUGGUUUGAUGUGAGAUAACAGAAGAUGUAUCUGUGACAGGACGUGAGCGGCUCUGUUUACCAGGGGAGGGUUUGUUAUUCCUGCCAGCUUCAUACAUCCUGGUCACAUGAUGAUCAGUCUACAUGCACACAGACACGCUGACUGAAUAAACAGCUCUGCUGCGUCCUGA